AUGAAUAUUCGUACAUACUCUUCAAUCGUGAUCCUCUUCACUGCCUUUAUCAGCUUGAGCUUACAGGUCUCUUCCAAUGAUGGAAGUACGUCCCCGAGCCAUCAAGCAUCGGUGAAUCCAUCCGAGUCUUCUCAUUCGCCAAAGCGAUCACCUGAACAUGCGAUAGGUAUUUCACCCUCAGUCAAAGGAUCGCAUAUCGAUACAGCAAGCAAAGCACCCGCAGGUCCAUCAAAGGGAACUAAACGCACUCCAAGUGCACAUCCUCAGGUAUCAACCAAACGAGUGAAAGAACGUUUUGCUGAAGAAACAAAAUUUAAUCCAUAUACUGACGGAUAUCAAACUAAAAUAAUAAAGUAUACUGCCCCAAAGCAUGAUGUGUCUCUAGACAAGUUCAAUAAAGCCAAAAAAGAAGCAAGACAAAAAGCCAAGGACGACUACAAAAGAAGACUCAGAAGUUCUGAUCCCGAUCAAUAUAGACGCCAACGAGGCUACUGA